AGCUGUGAGGUAGCAAUGCAACAGCUGUGCCAUCCUAAAAUUAUUUCUACCAAUAAAAAAAAAAGUCCAAUGGCGCUAGCGUAAUUUUCUUUUAUUACACCAUCAGUACUGCAGAUGUUAGCAACAAUUCCUCGUUUUCUUUUUUUGAUAAUGUUUCCCCCCUUUUUUUAAUACAGGUGUGCAAGAAUCUUGCAUGAUGAGUCCAUUCACUGACAGCCACUCAGUUUAAAGCUCUUUUUAUUUUGUUUUGAUUUUUAAGCUGUGAAAGACCCUCAGCCACAAAAUGAACAGAUCACCACUUGUUCCAAACUCCUCCGUCACAGCCAUCAACCACAGUGAGGAGUCCAACAAGUCAGAAUCAGGAGUGUCAGGAAAUUGCGAGCAGGUUCACAUCGCCCCGGAGUUUUUCCUCACACUGGGCUUGUUAAGUCUGUUUGAAAACAUCCUUGUUAUUCUUGCCAUCAUCAAAAACAAGAACCUUCACUCUCCCAUGUACAUGUUCAUCUGCAGUCUGGCUCUGGCAGAUAUGUUAGUAAGUGUUUCCAAUGCAUGGGAGACUAUAGUGAUCCAUCUUCUGGUUAACAAGAGGUUAAUUGUAAAAGAUCAUUUCAUCCGUCAGAUUGAUAACGUGUUCGACUCUCUCAUCUGCAUUUCUGUGGUUGCCUCCAUGUGCAGUCUGUUAGCCAUUGCCGUGGACCGUUACAUCUCCAUUUUUUACGCACUCCGCUACCACAGCAUCAUGACUGUGAAGCGAGCGUGCGUGAUCAUUGGUAGCAUCUGGAGCUUCUGCACUGGCUGUGGGAUUGUCUUCAUUAUUUACUCCGACACAACACCAGUGGUGGUCUGUCUGGUGGCUAUGUUCUUGGCCAUGUUGCUCUUAAUGGCAUCUCUCUAUAGCCACAUGUUCCUGCUGGCUCGAUCCCACGUGAGGCGCAUGGCAACGCUGCCCGGUUCCAAUGCCUGUACCCAGCAGCGGGCCAGCUUGAAAGGAGCCCUUACUCUUACCAUCCUUCUGGGUAUCUUCAUCGUGUGUUGGGUGCCGUUCUUUCUCCACCUCAGCCUUAUGAUCUCCUGUCCAAAGAAUCUGUACUGCAUCUGCUUCAUGUCCCAUUUCAACAUGUACCUGAUUCUCAUCAUGUGCAACUCUGUGAUCAAUCCACUGAUCUACGCACUGAGAAGCCAGGAGAUGAGGAAGACCUUCAAGGAGAUCAUCUGCUGGUACAACCUGCGCAGCGUCUGUAGCUUCUCCAAUAAAUACUGA